AUGCUCCUCUGGAUGCUGGUCAUCACCUUUGCUGCAGCCCUUAAAGGUUCCCUUUCCCCAAUAAAGAUGGUGGCAUCUGGUCCCAAGGAGGGGAAAGUGUCUGGAUCACUCCCACUCACCUGUACUGUAACAGGAACACCUCUGGAUAGCCCUCGAUAUGACUGGAAUUGUGUCCGUCAGGCCCCAGGAGGGGAGCUGCAAUUUCUAGGUUGGAUCUAUCCUUUUGGAAAUAACACAGGCUAUGCCCCACCCUUCCAAGGCCGAGUCACCAUCUCUGCAGAUAAAGACAAAAACAAGAUCUCCCUGCAGCUGCAUGACCUUACAGCCUUAGACACAGCCACCUAUUUCUGUGCCAGACAGCAUGGGCUAGGCAGGCGUGGUGUGGCAACAGACAAGCUUGUAUUCGGAGCUGGGAUCACUUUUUCAGUUGAGCCAAGUAAUCAAGAAGAAGCUUCUCCAGAAGUCAUUGUACUUAAAUCAAAGGAACUCAAACAGUAUGACAACAAACUGAACAUGGCUUGUUUGGCAAGGACUUUCUACCCUAAGAGCAUCAGCCUUGAUGUGCCCGAGAGUGACAUUUCAUAUGAUCUGAAGGCCCCUGUUGUCACAUCUGAGGGGUUGUAUAGUACUAUGAAGGUAACUCGAGUGAAACCAGAUGCAAAGGUGACCUGUAAGGCUAUGCACAAGGGCAACAAGACUACAGCCAGCAUAAUUCUGCCAGAUGAAAAAACUGAAGAGUUUGAAACAGCUAUUGCUUGCAAUGUUACAGAUGCCUCUACAAAAGAUGUCAAAACGGAGAAAGUGAAUAUGCUGUUCAUAUCUGUUUUGUUUUUGAGAGUCCUGCUGGCAAAAAGCAUCGCUUUCAAUACAAUCAUGAGUGUCAAGCUGUUUCUCUGCUGA